GCAGACAGAAAUCUCAUCGCCAUCUUCGGGUUCAGUUUGUUCGAGUUCUAUCUUCCGCUGGUUGGCUUGCUCCACCCGCCGCGGAUCACUGUUUUACCAAAAUCUGUUCUUUGUAUGUUUUCUCAACCAAAAUUUGUGCUUAAAAAUGUUAAUAAUUUAAAAGUGAAGGUUCGAAAGCCAGUGUUUUUGUUUCGUUGUUUGCAAACGAAUCUGUGUUAUCGUGUUUUUGCCUCGGAGUGUUUCUUGUUGUACAAAGAUAAAAAAAACAAGUUCCCUUCAGAGUUCAGCAGCAUAUCGACAUAAAAAAAAACAGCUCGGGUUGCUUGGAUUGAGGGAGCGACAAGUGCGUGUGAGUGCGAGGCGGAAGUCAAGAAAGAACUUACCCAAAGAAAGAAGUGCCUUAUCGUACGGUUAUAGUUUUCUGGGAAGUAAAAAUUUUGUGAUAUCAAAAAAGGCGAAAAAAAAAAAAAAUCUGAGAGUGAAAAUAUUGAAGAAAAAGGGCGGAGCUGUGUGGAAGGGAAACGCCAGGAAACAAGAAGAAGUUGAAUGCAAAUUGCUCCUCGCCUGUCCGUGGAGCAGUAAAAAGAAGCAGCAUCAUAGUAGCCAAGUUGGUUGAAAAAGGAAAAUUCUCAAUCGGCUUGCUUUGUUGGAUUGGUGUUUUAUACGCUUCUGUUGUAAACGAAUAGCAGCAACAGCAGCAGCAGCUGGUGGAAAACUCCAGUGAAGCAGAAAAAAAAAUCCAAUUACACUCGAAGACGAAGGCAAAUAAAUUGUGUUCCAACAACAAAGUUCGGACUGUGUCUGCUGUGAGUUGCUGUUCCAGAAUAUUUAGGGUGUGGGGGCCAUCCGGCAGAGCAGAGCAACAAGUAGAAGAGGGGAGUAAUCUCCCGGAAGAUUUUGUUCUCUUCUCCAUCAUCAUCACUCUAUCGUUUGACUGUUGUUUGCGUUGGUAAAUCGUUAGAAUCACACGCAAAAACGAGAACAAGAAAGUCGGUGCUGGGUUGGAUCGGGAUCGGGACCGGGAGAGGAAGAGUAUACAGAAACGGCAGCAACCAGAUGACGACGAAUAAAGAGGUCUAUCACGAAGGCUGGUUGAUCAAAUCGCCUCCGACGAAGCGAAUCUGGCGAGCGCGAUGGCGACGUCGUUGGUUUACGCUGAAACAGGGCGAAUUGCCCGGGCAGUAUGUGCUCGAGUAUUACACGGAUCGCAAGUGCCGGAAGUUGAAGGGAAUCAUCGAUCUGGAUCAGUGCGAACAGGUGGACGCAGGGCUGCGGUUGGACCGGCAGAAGGAGAAGUAUGCACACAUGUUUGACGUGAAGACUCCUACGAGGACGUACUACCUGGCAGCGGAUACGGAGGAAGAUAUGCGUGGGUGGGUCAACUGCAUUUGCCAUGUGUGCCAGCUGCAGGAGACGCAGACCAACGAGGAGAGACCGUACUAUAACAUCAAUGCGAUCAACACCGGCGAUGCAGUGAACAUGGCAGCGGACGUUCCAGGGAACUGUUCGGGCAAUGAUCAUCAACAGGACCAUUCUAAUGAAACGGAAAUUUCGUUCUUGAACCACUCGUCUCAGGGAGAGGUGCAUGAGGUGCAACCACAACCGAGACACUCCCUGAUGAUGGGAUACAAUCCUUACGGUACGUACCAGAAUGAAGAGAUGUUGAACUUACGAGCUUCGGAGUACAGUAAUAGGGAAACGAUUAUCAGCGAUUCGAAGUUGAGCCACCAAAAUCAUGCUGCAAGGAAUAACAAUGUAGAAGCUUAUUCGAAUCUGGGUACGAUCGAACGAUCUCAGUCGUUACGUGGGAAGCCAACUUCGCCGGAGAAGGGAGCCACGGGUCCGAUUCCGGUGGCGAAUCACAUGCGAACUCAAUCGCUCAACUCGGAUCAGAAGACUAUUGCUUCUGUGGUGGCUAAUAGCGUUAAAAAGAUUCCGGAAAAUCUGAAACUGAACGAGCGAAUGGCCGCAGGUUUCGAAAGUGGCACUGAGCAGCCUUCUCCGGCGUUGAGCACCUCUUCUGGACCGUACAUUCCGAUCCAUGAGUGUUUCUCCGGCAGUCCGAUGCAGCAUUCACCAAUAACUCCGCUGAACUCGUUGGAUCCACGAUUCUACGACACUCCAAGGAGUCAUCCGAGUUCCGGUUUCAAUCUGAUCAACAAUGAGCAACCUUACUCCCCGAAGCGGAACAAUGUGAGCGGCCCGGCUCAACAUGGUAACAGUAGCUGUUCCAAGGUGUCUCGUAGUGGUAAAUCGAGUCCAUCGGAUUCGGAGAGCGUCUUUACGGAUGAUGAGAGUGCCGCUGUUGUAGCUGAUCCACCCCGAACCAAGGACCGCAAUACCAGGCCUUCGGACAGUUCGAUCGAAAACGAUGCAAUUGGGUGGACGUACGUCCAAAGGUUCGCCCGAGUAUCACAGGAUGACCAAUCGAAGGCAGCUGGACUUCCAGCUGCACUGGCUCCGCCAAGACCACCAAAGAGAACCAGUUUGAUCUUGGACAGCAUUGAGAAACAUAAGGAGAUCCAAUCAUCCGACACCGAGAAUGCUUCUCCAGCCAUUGGCCCGAAGGACGCUAGUUCGUGCGUAGAGCAAUUUUACGACAUUCCUCGAUCGCACCAACCGGGGCAAUACAUCGGUGGCAGUAACAAACACCUGCCGGACACGGAUCUGCUUUCUCCGAUCAAUCAGUGCGAUCUGAUUGCUUCCAGUACGCCGAAUUUGGUAGGUGGCAGCAUUGUUACCGGUGACACCAAUAGCCAAUGUGGAACUUUGGGCCGUGCGACAUUGCGGCCCCACUGCUACACCAAUGCCGCACCGCAGCGCGUCGAAGGCAAUGUCUUUCGGUUCGAUUUUAGUGAACAGGGUGACGCACCGGCAAUCAAUCGUAAUUUGAAACCAAAAUCCACUGUCGACAUAACGAAAUCGGUCGAGAGUGUGAACCAAGCGUUGAAGCAGGUCAGUUUGACACCCGCGGUGGCGGCGACGACUCCAUCGGUGGCACUGAAGAAUCCUCCACCGACGGUCGAUCGGACGAGGAAGCCAACCACUCCGCAGAUUGGUACCAAUUCCAUGCGGCGCAAGGGAGGACCCAUUUCGCUCAAUAUCCAAAAUCACAACGAAAACGUCUAUGGAAAUACCCAAGAGCACAGCAUGCAGCAUCUAUCGGGCAUUUCUCCACGUACUCCCGGAAAAAACGACGACCGUUUGCAGUAUCUCGACCUUGAUCAUUCAAACAGUCCACAGAAACCGUCCAACCAUCACGGUGGACUCGGUGGCCAUUCGGGAACUAAUCACAUCGGUAGUAACGGCCCCGGUGGUUCCAGUAGCUUAGCUCCUCCACCCGUCGCCCGAACACCCUACACGACGGUUGAUUUCGUGAAAACCGAUGCUCUCAACCGAAUCCGUGAGGACUCGGAAGCCAAUCGGAAGCUGAAGGACUAAGAUUCGAACGUAAGUACCGACGCAUUCCAUUAACCACUUCCCCCCUAAAUUGCCGAAUCAAAUCAAAACGCACAAAUUGGGAAACGCUACAUAUUUUCAAUUCUAAUUAUCUAAAAGUGCAAUUAUCUGAAUGCCUUACAACGUAAAACUGAAACAAGCCCAAAACAAGACGAAAAGCACAAACCAGUCUUUGCUGGAAAGUGAAUUGAAAAAAAAACGAACUCUGUGAUUUCGAAAGGAAAUAUCACAUUAAUUUUUCCUUGCAAAACAAAACGAAAAUGAAAACCUAUCGAACAAAUUAAAGGUAGAAGACACGAUCGUCGCACGCACAAAGCGAACAAGUAUUUUUCAACCUUGCAAGAAGAGGUUCGAAUUGUACAACGAAUUCAAUUUUCCUAUAAUACUACACACCAUGUUGAAUAGAACAAUUAUCAAAAUGUAUAAGACUAUAUCCCUCUGUGUAUAGCCGUCUGAUUGUUUUUAGAAAAAGAAAAGAAAAAAAUGUUUUGUAAUAUUUUGAGUAUACUUUAGUUAGGCACAAAAUAUCAAACUAUGUACUUGUCUUAGUCUCAAUUCUAUAUUCACGUUCGUAUAUGUAAAAAGCAUUACUCUAGACGCUAUUCAGAUUUUAUAAAAGUCACCCGUUGAUUAGAGAAAAGUUAACUCUUGGUAGGGAAUAUAUUGUCACUAGGUAAACUUACGCUCGCUGAUUCUAAUUUCAUAUGUUAACGCAUAAAACAUUUCAAUAGACGUCAGCUUCAAAGUGUAAA